AUGUCUGCAAGUGACCAAGACCUCAAGAUCUCGCUCUUUAAGCCCAAGGCAGUCGCCGGGUCCCCAUUGGCGACAAUCCAGUUAGUCGUCGUCGUCAUCGAGCCAGGAAAAGAUUUAGGUCCUGCGAGUAGCUUGGCGAAGAAGCUGGGGUUCAAGGACAUGAGAGCGGCGGGGGAUGAUCUGAUUAUGACUGUGCUGAACAAGCCUUCCAAGGCUGAAGUCAAACUGGACUCGAUCACCCCUAAUCAUGCUUCUACCGUCAUGCUGGUCCUAUCUGACUCUCUCACCGAUUCCGAUCACAUCCAAUGCCUAGAAAAGACCGAGAUCAAAAUCCAAAAACAUACGUUCCAUGUUCCUGGAACGGAGACUGUCGCGAGUAAAGAUACAACGGCCCCCAAGGCUAAAGUCCCAGCCCAAGCGUCAAAGCCAGCUCAGAGCAAAGAAACUGGUGGCGAUAAAAGUUCACUGGGAAUCAGUUUCAAGAAGGAAUCAAGUACCUUUGGAGAUUGGUAUCAAGAUGUUCUCAAAAAGGGUGAUAUGAUUGAUUAUUACGAUAUAUCCGGAUGCUACAUCUUAAAGCCAGCUUCCUAUCGGAUUUGGGAAAUCAUCCAAAGGUGGUUUGAUGAUCGGAUCAAAGCACUGGGUGUUGAGAACGCCUACUUUCCAAUGUUUGUCUCUUCUAGAGUAUUGGAGAAGGAGAAAGACCACAUCGAAGGAUUCGCACCAGAAGUAGCCUGGGUGACCAGAGCCGGCCAAUCUGAGUUGGAAGAGCACAUCGCCAUUCGUCCUACAUCCGAAACAGUCAUGUACCCCUACUAUGCCAAGUGGAUCCAAAGCUAUCGCGACCUUCCUCUAAAACUCAACCAAUGGAACAGCGUUGUCCGAUGGGAAUUCAAGAACCCCCAGCCCUUUAUUCGUACUCGAGAGUUUCUUUGGCAAGAAGGUCAUACGGCUCAUUUACAUAGGGAAGAAGCCGAUCUAGAAGUCCGACAGAUCUUAGAUCUCUACCGAGGCGUUUAUGAAGAGCUCUUAGCCGUACCGGUAACACCCGGAGUGAAGUCUGAGAAGGAGAAAUUCGCAGGGGGAUUGUAUACGACGACGGUCGAGGGAUUCGUACCUACCUCAGGUCGGGGUAUCCAAGGAGCAACCUCGCACUGUCUUGGGCAAAACUUUUCAAAGAUGUUCAACAUUAGUGUUGAGGAUCCCUCCAAACCGGUCGAUCCAAAUGCGGGGACUCAAGCCGAGAAGCUGUUCGUCUGGCAAAACUCAUGGGGUCUCUCAACCCGGAGCAUCGGUGUGAUGGUCAUGGUCCAUGCUGAUGAUAAGGGACUGGUGUUACCCCCACGGGUGGCCAAUCUCCAGGUGAUCGUCAUCCCCGUUGGGAUCGUCGCGUCUACUGGGCCUGAAUCUCGGAAGGAUCUGUACGACAAGUCUGAGGAUCUUGCGGCGCGACUGAGGAAAGCGGGUGUGUUGGCUAGGACUGAUAUCCGAGAGGGUUAUACGCCUGGCUGGAAGUUUAACUCCUGGGAGAUGAAGGGCAUCCCACUUCGAUUGGAACUCGGUCCUAAGGAUCUCGCCAGUCAGACCACACUCGUCGUCCGUAGGGAUACUGGUGAGAAGAAGUCUUAUCCACUCGAGACUCUGGAUGUUGAGAUCCCGAAACUCUUGGAAACCAUCCAAUCGGAUAUGUACUCUAAGGCCAAAGUGGUCUAUGAUGCUCAUCGGAAGCUCGUGCUCGAUUGGAAGGAUUUCGUGCCGACGUUGAAUAACAACUGUUCGUGUGUGAUCGCCUGGUGUGAAGAGGAAUCAUGUGAAGAUCAGAUCAAGAAUCAGAGUGCCAAAGAGAGUGCGGUUGAGCAAGAUGAGCGAGCACCCUCGGCAGGCGCGAAGUCACUCUGUAUUCCAUUCGAUCAAACUCCCUACCCGGCCAUCGAGUCAGGAGUGACGAAAUGCUUGGGAUAUGGCUGCACGAAGGAUGUGCAAACGAUGGACGAUGUUCGGACGUAG